AUGGAGAGUAAGCUUCCUGAUUCUGAAUUGGUUGCCCUCGAGACGAUAGAAUUAAAAAAGAAGGCCCGGUUAAUUCAAGUGUCCACAGAAGACACAGAGGUAAAAUACUACUUGCGACAACUCGGGGAGCCCAUCUGUUUAUUUGGCGAAGACGGAGCCGAUAGGCGCGAACGCUUGCGAAUGUUACUGGCAGUCACAGGGGGACCGGCACAACGCCCCAGUCUUGACCGAUCGGACACAAAAAAUGCCAUACUAACUGCUAGAGACAACAGCACAGUGUGGUACCACCAAGGGCCGGAUGGCUUAGCGGAUGCACGGAUGUGGAUCGCAAAGUACUCUCUCCCUCGAGCAAAACAGCGGUUGGACCGCGCUAGAGAGUACUACGCCUCAAUGCCUGAACCCCAGCGAAAGGCCAGAUAUCAAGAAUACCUAAAAAUCCUCCGGACGACCUCGCUUGUGUGUAGCCAAGUGGGUGACACACGCCCAUUGACGUGUUGCAAGUUCUCGCCUGAUGGCCAGGUGCUGGCCACCUCCUCGCUGAGCGGCCUCUGCCGUCUUUGGUCGGUACCCGAGUCCGAACUUAAACUCAACCUUCGCGGACACCAGACGGGCGUUUGUUCCGUUGCCUGGCACCCGCAAGCUCGCAUCCAAUCCGACCUUCGAAUUGCGCUAGCCAGCUCUGGUUUGGAUGGCAGUGUGAAGCUUUGGAGUCUCGACAAUGAAGAGCCGUUGGCGGAUAUUGAAGGCCAUGCUCCUUACCGUGUUUCGCGAAUAGCCUUCCAUCCAUCAGGUCGUUUCCUUGGCACUACAUGCUUCGACUCGUCCUGGCGCCUCUGGGAUCUCGAAGUGUGUACUGAAAUCCUUCAUCAAGAGGGCCAUUCGAAACCCGUAUACGACAUCGCCUUUCACCCAGAUGGCUCUCUGGCUCUUACGGCAGGUCUUGACAGCUAUGGACGUGUCUGGGAUCUGCGGACAGGUCGAUGCAUCAUGUUUUUUGAAGGUCAUUUAGAGGAGCUGCUAGGAGUCGAUAUUGCUGCCAAUGGAUAUCAUGCCGCCUCCUGCUCUGCAGACAAUUCUGUCCGCAUUUGGGACUUGAGACAGCAGCAGACUAUUUAUGUCAUUCCUGCGCACACUAGCGUCGUGAGCUCAGUUAAAUUUGAACCCGAAAACCACAAUUACCUGGUGACGAGUUCUUUUGACAAGUCUGUGAAACUCUGGGGUCAUCCACUGUGGUCGCCUAUUAGAACGUUGGAAGGUCAUUCUGGCCGCUGUGUCUAUGCGGACAUCUCUCCCGACAGGAAGCACAUUGCCUCGGUGUCGCAUGACCUGACAUUCAAGGUGUGGUCUUCACGCAGUGAGGACCGCUAA